ACCGAAAGCUGAAGGAACCAUUCAGAAUCGCGAAGCUAAAAUUGAAUAUAACUGAAAUUAUCAAUUGACAGUGUGUCAAAGCAAGAUGGUUAAGAAAAAGAUUGACAAUCGCAUACGCGUCAUGAUCGAGAAUGGCGUCAAGCUGGGCCAUCGCACCAUGUUCGUCAUCAUUGGCGACAAGGCGCGCGAUCAAGUGCCGAUUCUCUACGACAUUUUGAUCAAAUCGACGGUGAAGGCACGCCCCACUGUGCUCUGGUGCUACAAGAACAAGGACGAGGCCAUUUCCAAUCACGGCAAGAAGCGUGCCAAGAAGAUUGCCCACGGCAAGGUAGAUGUGAAUGAAGUGGACUUGUUUGAUGCGUUCCGCGUGGCCACCACCAUACAUGGUCGCUACUACUCCGAGACCCAUGCCAUACUGGGUCGCACCUAUGGCGUGUGCGUGCUCCAAGAUUUCGAGGCACUGACGCCCAAUCUGCUGGCGCGCACCGUAGAAACCGUCGAGGGCGGCGGCUUGAUCAUAUUGCUAUUGAAGACGAUGCAGUCUCUCAAACAACUCUACACCAUGGGCAUGGAUGUGCACAAGCGUUUCCGCACCGAGGCACAUCAGACAGUCACCUGCCGCUUCAACGAGCGCCUCAUCCUCUCGCUGGCCGACUGCAAGCGCUGUCUGGUGGUCAACGACGACCUGACCGUGCUGCCACUCAGCUCCAAGACGAUCAAUGUGGAGCCAGUGAAUCCAGCGGAGAUUGGGAAGUCGGAGAACGACAGCAACCUAAAGGCCAUACAGAAGAACCUUAUGAACUCACCUCCCGCCGGCGCACUGGUUAGUCUCUGCAAGACCUUCGACCAAGGACAUGCUGUGGCCCAGUUCAUGGACGCGCUGGUCGAUAAACAGCUGAAGCCGCCAAUAUCGCUGACGGCGGCACGUGGGCGUGGCAAAUCGGCUGCCAUGGGCUUGGCCAUAGCUGGUGCCAUUUCGUUUGGCUACGUGAAUGUGUAUGUGACAUCGCCGCAUCCCGAGAAUUUGAUAACGCUCUUUGAGUUCAUACUGAAGGGCUUUGAUGCGCUGGAGUAUCAGGAGCACGCCGACUACACCAUCAUACGCAGCACCAAUCCGGACUUCAAGAAGGCCAUCAUACGCAUCAAUAUAACCCGCAAUAGCCGCCAGACCAUACAGUAUAUAGCGCCCAGCGAUACGCAUCUGCUGAAUGCCGCCGAUCUGCUGAUGAUCGAUGAGGCGGCUGCCAUACCCUUGCCGCUGGUCAAGAAGAUGAUCGGCCCCUACUUGAUAUUCAUGGCCAGCACCAUCAAUGGUUAUGAGGGCACGGGACGGUCGCUCAGCCUGAAGCUGAUCGCACAGAUACAAAAGGAUAACAAUGCUCAUCCGCCGAUUACGCUAGAGGAGUCCAUACGCUACAAGCCCAAUGAUGACAUCGAGCGCUGGCUUAUCAAUCUGCUCUGCCUGGACACGAGUACUGUGGCCGUCGUCAACUCCGGCUGUCCGCUGCCCAACCUCUGCGAACUCUAUUACAUUAAUCGCGAUGCCUUGUUCUCAUACCACAAGGCCGCGGAGACCUUUCUGAAUCGCCUGAUGUCCAUCUAUGUGUCAUCGCACUAUAAGAAUACCCCCAACGACUUGCAGAUGAUGAGCGAUGCCCCCGCCCAUCAUUUGUUCUGCAUGCUAGCGCCAGUGCAGCGCAUGGACCAGCUGCCCGAGAUUCUAGUGGUCAUCCAGGUGGCACUCGAGGGACAAAUCUCGGCACAGAGCAUCAGCGAAUCCCUGGGACGCGGCAAGAAGGCCGCCGGCGAUUUGAUACCCUGGAACGUGGCCGAGCAAUACGGAGACCGAGAUUUUCCCAAGCUCUCGGGCGUUCGCAUCGUGCGUGUAGCAACACAUCCAAACUACCAGCGCAUGGGCUAUGGCAAGCGGGCAAUCAUGUUGCUAAAAGACUACUACGAGGGUUGCUUUGCCGAUGUCAACGAUGAGAUCACGGACAACGAAAAGGCUGGCAUCGAGGAGGUUGAGGAGGAGGAGCUGAGCUUGCUCAAGGAGCAGAUCCGUCCGCGCAAACGCAUUCCCACGCUGCUUCAGCGCCUGCAUGAGCGCAUACCGGAGCGUAUAGAUUACAUAGGCACCUCGUACGGCCUAACCGCGGAGCUGCUCAAGUUCUGGAAAAGCGUCGGCUACGUGCCCGUCUAUCUCAGCCAAAAAGCCAACGAGCUGACCGGCGAGCAUAGCUGCAUCAUGCUGCAGACAUUGAAGCGGGCACCCGGCAACUGGCUGCCACUCUACUAUCAGGACUUUCGCCGACGCGUCCUCAAGCUGAUGGCCAAGACCUUCCGCGAGUUUGGCAUUAAGUUGUGCCUCGCACUGCUCAAGAACAAGACCAUGGAGGAGUCUGAUACAACGAUUGCUACUCUGGACAAGUCCACGCUGGACGUGUAUUUUCUUCCGCACGACCUGCAGCGCCUGGAGAGCUAUGCGCGCCAGCAGUCCGAGUUUCGUCUGAUUAUCGAUCUGCUCGGGGACAUUGCUCAGCUGUACUUCCAGGGUCGCAUCGAGGGCCUCCAGCUGGAUCUGGUGCAGCAGAGUGUGCUCUUGGGCCUGGGCGUGCAGGGCAAGUCGGUAGACGCAAUUGCCGCCGAGCUUAACAUGCCGGGCAACCAGCUGCUGGCCAAGUUCUUUGAUGCCAUGAAAAAGUGCAAUCAGUGCUUCCGUUCGGUGCUCGAGCAGCACAUUGAAGGCGGCAUGCUGCAGGAGUCGGAGCUGCCACGUGGCGAGGAACUGCAGCCGCUCUCACUAUCCAUCGACAAAGAGCUGGAGAAGUCGGCUCAAAAGCUGACCAAACAGCAGCGCAAGGAGCUAAAACGCCUUCAGGCCGAAAUGACCUUAGACGAAUACCAAAUCAAGGGCAGCGAGGACGACUGGUCCAAGGCGCUGGAGAGCAAUGGCAAGGGCGUCGGUGCUGGCUCAGGCAGCGGUCUGCUCUCGGUGAAGAGCGGCGUUAAGCGGUUGGAUGCUGUUAUGGAGCCGGAACCGAAUUUGGGACCACCAAAGACCAAAAAGACUAAGAAGAAUCCGAAAUUGAAAAAGGGCGCUGGCAAAUCGCUUAUCUGAUCUUAUCUGGGCACAAAAUGGGGUACAAUCUAUAUUUAUAAGUGUUUCUUCAAUAAAAUUGGAGAGUUUUGACGUAA